UCUCAUUUGGCUCGCUCUCUGCAAAAUGGCGACGUCCCUGGGAUCCAACACCUACAAUAGACAGAACUGGGAAGACGCGGAUUUUCCAAUUCUAUGUCAGACAUGUUUAGGAGAAAACCCUUACAUCCGUAUGACCAAGGAGAAGUAUGGGAAAGAAUGCAAGAUCUGUGCUCGACCCUUUACCGUGUUCCGGUGGUGUCCAGGGACACGGAUGCGUUUCAAGAAGACCGAAGUGUGUCAGACUUGCAGUAAAAUGAAGAACGUUUGUCAGACAUGUCUACUUGACCUGGAGUAUGGUUUGCCUAUCCAGGUCAGAGACACUGGGCUGUCAGUUAAAGACGAAGUUCCUAAGUCAGAUGUGAACAAAGAGUACUACACACAGAACAUGGAAAGAGAGAUAGCCAAUUCUGACGGCACACGGCCAGUGGGGCAGCUUGGGAAAGCACCUAGCUCUAGUGAUAUGUUGCUGAAACUGGCUCGGACCACCCCAUACUACAAGAGGAACCGGCCGCACAUCUGCUCCUUCUGGGUGAAGGGAGAGUGUAAGAGAGGGGAGGAGUGUCCUUACAGGCACGAGAAGCCCACAGAUCCUGACGACCCCCUAGCCGACCAGAAUAUAAAGGACCGUUACUAUGGCAUCAAUGACCCAGUAGCUGACAAGCUGCUAAAACGGGCCUCAACUAUGCCCCGACUGGACCCACCAGAUGACAAGUCCAUCACCACCCUCUACAUAGGGGGGUUGGGAGAUACUGUCACUGAUGGAGAUCUCAAGAGUCACUUUUACCAGUUCGGUGAGAUCCGCACCAUUACCAUAGUGCAGAGGCAGCAGUGUGCCUUCAUCCAGUUUGCCACUCGGCAGGCAGCGGAAAUGGCUGCUGAGAAGUCCUUCAACAAACUCAUCAUUAAUGGAAGGAGGCUCACUGUCAAGUGGGGAAGGUCUCAGGCAGCUAGAGGGAAGGAGGGCAUCAAAGAUGGUGUCAGUGAGAUGGGCACCAGACUGGAUCCUGUACCUGGACUCCCAGGAGCUCUUCCUCCACCACCAGCUUUAGAUGAAGAAGCUCCUGCAAACUAUUUUAACCUGGACCCCAGCACCUCUCCUGCGAUCAUGAACAUUGCUCUACCCCCACCUCCAGGCAUCAACCCGCCUCCUCCAGGUUUCGGCCCUCCAAUGUUUCACCCCAUGGGUCCCAUGGCUCCACCUAUACCCCCUCCAAUGAGCAUGAGACCACCUGGUCAAAUCCACUAUCCCUCCCAGGAUCCUCAGCGCAUGGGUGCCCAUGCUGCACAUGGCUCACGUCAUGGUGAUUAGCAGCAUGAGUAAAGUCAUACAGCCAUUAGAUGUCAUACUUUUUCCUUACGUCAAACCUGGUCAGGUGCUUUCACUUCAGAUGCCGUCAGUGGGCCUGAAACCUGCAGACUACUUCUGAGAGAAAACACAGCUAUGUCUCACGGGAUAACAUCUGAUUUAUUUUGCCACCUGCAGUGCAGUGAAUGAACUGAAGGAGGACCAUCUGUGUUUUGGAAAGACAACCAGGAUGUUACACAAUGAUUCUGUCACUACUUGCAGUUGAAAAGUACCAGAACGGCACCAGCAGACUUCCAACAUGAGAGUACUAGCCAAUGUGAUCAGGACCAUGUGGUUUUUACAGGCUCCUGUGGUCGGAGCCAUUGUGUAUAUAUAUAAAAUGUAUACUGUGAGUUUAGCUUGUAUUUGGCACAUCGUGCAACAUGGAGUAGAAAUUGGAAGAGCAUUUUCUUUUUUAAAUCUGUUAAUUUUCAGUUCCUUUUUUUAUUUGACACAAUCUAAAUAUUCUACAGCAUAAUGACUUUGUCUAAUGUAAGGCUUUCUUUAUUUUCACUUGUCAUUAAAAUGAUGCAAUUUUGUCAUUGAUCA